GAUUAUGGUUGGCAAGCUUACCUGGAUUUAUCGUGUGUUGCUGGAAGGAUUGAAAGAGUCAGUUGCCAGUACAACGACGUCAGCUUUCAGUCUAUUCAAUACGCUACUUGGCAUCGGAACAUUAAUUCGCAAAGUUGCGCAUGUACCUUAUUCCACGGAAAACUCAAUUCCUCGCCUAAAGACUGGUGUACACUGCUGAAUUAGACCUUGAGGAGAACAAUUAGCGAAAAUGGUAAUACGAUGUACACAGCCACAGGUGUAUCAUAAGAUUCCAAGGCUUCAAAAACUUCAUCCGAUGCAUUAUACUUGGUACGCGGAGGUACAUCUCGAUUGAUUGAAAAACCAGAUGAACAAUGAUUCAAGGAGGUCGUGAACACUGGAGUCGACGAUAAAAGAAACGGAUUAUAGCUGCAUUCGAAACAUCAGGGGGAAACUAUUACCACACCAAGAUCGGAACAUUAGAUUAACGAGAUUGCGGCCACGCCUAUAGUUAAUCUAAAACGCUUCCAAGAGCCCCAAAACGUUUCGAGAUGCGGGUAAUCCUAGUCUCUUUUCUCCAAAUUCAAUCCGUUCAACCAAUUGAAUUAAUAUCGUCUUCUCCAUUUACAAACAAUAUUUGAUCCCUUUUGGAAGCGCUUGUAAUUAAGAGAUGAAAGUGGUAUGAGAACAGCAUCAUAGUCAAUAUAUUCUCGACUGCUUGGCACUCAGUGUCAACCAGAUGCCAAGGCUAUGAGGUACGGAUUAGAUACAUACAGAUUAUGGUAGGGCGUCUACCCAUAUCACUAUUGCGUGAAUGGGGUGCAAGGGUAUAAUUCAAAGUUUUAUAUAUUCCGACGACUUCGCUCUCCUCCUCGAUAUUUCUCUUUCAACCACAUCAAAGCAAGCCUUUGUACAUUCAAGCUCUAUCAUUCUCUUUUCGCUCUACCACACUCUCUUUUUGCUUUACGCAUUUACAUUCAUUCAGCUGGUCUAACAUCUCAAAUUCUUUUGAAUUUUUUUAUCAUUCUAUUGUCAAACUCACUCACUUUUUUCUCCAAAUCCCCAAAAAAUAUCAAUCAAGAUGUCUUUCUCUAAGCUCACCGCUUUCGCCAGCAUGGUUGCCGCAGUUUCUGCUCACGGAUAUGUUUCCGGUAUUGUAGCUGGAGGAACCUACUACCAGGGAUGGCUCGUCAGCAACGCAUACCAAACCCCACAACCCGAUUCCAUCGGCUGGGCUGACCAAAACCUCGAUCUCGGAUUCACAGCACCAUCUGCUUAUGCCACUGGUGAUAUCAUCUGUGCUAAGGAGGCUACCAACGCUGCUCUCUCAGCUAAAAUUGCCGCUGGUGACACCAUUGAUUUCCAAUGGACUGUCUGGCCCGAAUCCCAUCACGGCCCAGUCAUCACCUACCUUGCCAACUGCAACGGAGACUGUGCUACUGUUGACAAGACCACUCUUGAAUUCUUCAAGAUUGACGAGGGUGGAUUGAUUGACGACGCCACUGUUCCCGGAACCUGGGCUUCCGACAAGAUGAUUGCCAACAACAACACCUGGACUGCUACCAUCCCAUCCGAUAUCGCUCCUGGAAACUAUGUCGUUCGUCAUGAGAUUAUUGCUCUCCACAGUGCCGGCUCCGAGGACGGUGCUCAAAACUACCCUCAAUGUAUCAACUUGGAAAUCAGUGGUUCCGGUACCCUCGCUCCUGAGGGAACUCUCGGUGAGGCUCUCUACACUCCUACCGACCCAGGUAUCUUGGUCAACAUCUACGCCGCCCUUGACUACACUAUCCCUGGUCCAGCUAUGUACAACGCUUCCGGAGCCGGCGCCGCCACCGGAGCCGCAUCUGCAUCAGCCACCUCCGCCGCCGUUGUUGCCACCAGUGCCGCCGCUAGCUCUGUCGUCGCCGCUACUUCUGCCGCUGUUUCUUCCGUUGCAGUUUCAAGCGCUGCUGGUGCCGUUGUAUCCACAACUGCUUCCCCAACCACCAUGAUCACAUCUGUUGCUCCAGCCGCUACAUCAGCCGCUGCUUCUGAUGAUGACGAGACCUGUGACGCAUAAGCGUUUUGAGUACUUUGCUCACACCCGGAGGAGAUUGAUUUGGAUGAAUAAACGAAAGUUUAUUUUCAAUGUAUAUAUACCUUUUUUGAAUAGGAGACUCUUUCUGUAGUCUUUCUAUUACACACAUACAAACUAGCGUUUAGAAAUGAUAGAAGUUUCA